AUGGGCCAAAACGUAAGCACAUGGAAUAAUGAGGACCCCGAUGUUGGACAAGGUCGUACUCAUUGCUUGGAGAUAGAACAGGACCGCAAGAAUGAAGUCAUUCCUAUAUUGAUCCAGAGGAGCAAUAGAUGGACUGAGAAGGAUGCGGUCAGGGCAUAUCGCUCACUGAAAUGUGCAGUUGAGUCGUUACUCCAAUUAGAGAGCGGAAAUUCUCGACUCUCACGCAAUCAUCCUGAUAUCGUGGAUAUGUUGAGCGACUCGGUCAGCAAGUUUGAGAUGUUUUGUCAAUGCUGUCGGGAAACCACGGCAGACAUAGGACGUGAAAUGGGCGAUGUGAUAGCAUUGAUGGAUGGCACGACGACAUUCAUGCGCGAGCUGAAGGACACAAUGAACGAGAUCAAUUCUUUCGUUCCGAGAAUGUGGGGGAUUAUCAAUCCGCGAGAAAAGUACUGGCGGGAGUGUAGAGCAGCCGAGCCAGCUCUGCGACGGGCUGUUAGUGAUGCAGAAGAGGAAAAGAAUAACAACUCGUUUUUGAUAUGGCUGAAUCCACCUCAUCGAGAUAUUCUAGAGGGCAAGAUCCGCGCCGCAAACAGCCGACUGGCCGACAAUCUCCGGCGGCAAUCAGAAGCAAGAUCCAAAUACGAGUCAUCCUAUCGGUACGCGAUGGUGGCGAGAAACACAAGCGCAGCACUUGCUUCGCUCCAUGACAAGCUGGCGCCAAUCGCCACCUUCUACCGCGAUCAAUACCACCGGCUGCUAUCCGUCCAGUCUGAAUUGAACGAGCAGUGGCAGGCCUCGCAGGUGCUGCGGAAUUUGCUGUGGGAUCCAGACCUUAGUGUUUCCCGAGAUAGAUCACUCCAGGUAAUAAAUCGGUUUAUCGAUGCCCACAAAGACAUGAGCUUGGAUCAGAAUGAUACGAUGAGGGCAAUCGAGUACACAGUGAUUGGUUUGGAGUCUAUUCUCGCUCCACGGAGGAGCAUUGGCUAUGACUGUUCAUUUAAUGAUUGCGUUGCGGAACAUGAACCGGACUUGAUCUGGACUAUCUAG